AUGGCCAGACAAUGCAGCCUGACCAACGUUAAGGGCCUAGUUGGCAACAAAGUCAGCCACUCGCAGCGCAAAACCAAGCGCGUCCAACAGCCCAACCUCAUCAAAAAGCGCAUCUUCAUUCCCGAAGAAAACCGCACCGUCACCCUACGCCUGACCGCCCGCGCCCUACGCACUUUAAACAAAAAAGGGCGUCCAUCAGUUCCUCAAGGAAAACGGGAUCAAGGUCUAAGCGGGCAAAACCCUCGCCCUACGCGCACAUGA